CUUGAUUGCUCGCGUCUCACCUGGCAACUCCAGCCACGGCUCCCAAUCGUUAGAUUAAUUUUAUAUCAAGGCGGCUGCAAAAAUAAUUACAGUUUUAUUGAGGCAUUUAAUAGCUGGAGUAAGAUCGUUGAUAAAAUGACGAAUUAUGCUCAUUUUCAAGCGCAGAUGACCACCAUUAUGGAAAUCAUGACAAAGUCAGCGCUAGAAGAAAUUGCUAAACUUUUUGACGACAGUUGCUCAGUUUUAUGUUUGAAAAUAGCGAGGGGUUUAAAUGAGAAUGAAGCGCUUAAAAAGUUGUUGCAGCAGGACCUGAGAAUGGAGCCACGACAAAAAGAGGACAUUUCAGGAUCGCGUGAAAAUCCUGUCAACACUCGAUCCGUUGGGGUUCAAGUUUUCGAGGAAGAUCAAUGCAGAGAGAGAGUCUUUGGUCAGGAGUGCAGCUUCUGUAUGAGAAGAAAUGGAGAACCUGCAGUUUACAAACAAGGAGAAGGUCAGGACUGAACCGGUUCUUAUCAAGCAGGAGAAACUGGAAGAGGGCUUGUGUUGCAGAGAUCCACAGCCCACACCUGUAGGAGACCCAGAGGAGCUGAGUGAGCAGCACAACUGUAGACACGGUGAUGAGGAGCUCAGUGGACUGGAGUUUGUGGGGAAGGCAGAGCAAGAGGAAGAGCAUGUAGCCCAGACAGGAUGUGAUCACAGUGCAGGAAGACUCAACAAUCUGGGCUCUGAGUAUGUAAUGUAUGAGAGAAACAGUCAGCUGUGGACUUCCUUUACCCAAGAGGACAGUGACAUGAAGACCGAUGAUCCUGUUUGUUCUAAUGCUACAGAACAGUGCUCACAGAGUCUGUCAAUUCACACACAGUUACAACAUGCUCCUGCCACCAUGGAAGUCUCUGGAAACACACUGUCCUCUUUUGGGGCUUCAUAUGUUGAGGAGUUUGAUCAGAUGGGUGAGAAGCCGUCUGCUUGCAGUGAGGAGCUCAGAUCAGAGGCCAUUCACACACAGCAGGGUCAGUACAGAGAGAGACUUGUGCACACAGUGGAGAGAGAGAAUCAGACAUUACUGCCCCAGCAGCAGCAACAUGGACCCUCAGUAAAACACAUGAGAGGCAGUGAGAGCCCAGCCCAGCCACACUCAGGCUCUGAGUAUGAGACCAGCUCUACUCUGAGUACCAGGGUUUUCAACACUGGGAAGAAGGACAAGACUGAUGGAGAAGCUGACUUUGGAAAGAAACCAUUCAUUUGCACAUAUUGUGGGAAGAAUUUUAAUCACUGUAGUCAUCUCACCUCACAUCACCGAAUUCACACAGGAGAGAAACCGUACAGGUGUACACAGUGCGAGAAGUGUUUCCGUCUCAAAGGUAAUCUUGUGAAACACGAGAGGGUUCACAGCGGGAAUAAACCAUUUGGUUGCACACUGUGUGGGAGGAGAUUUUCUCAGAUAUCUAACCUUAGAGCACACGAGAGAAUUCAUACAGGAGAGAAACCGUAUCACUGCACCAUGUGUGGGAAGAGUUUCUCCAAGAGGACUACACUUGUUACCCAUGAGAAGAUUCACACAAGAGUGAAACCAUAGAGCUGUAACUAGUAUGAGAAUAUGGUUUUAAAUUAUUGUUUUAAAGCCCUUCAAAUUCUUCAGGUUUCACUGUGAAAUAAACAGCGUUCAUUGAAAUGUAUGAAAUGUAUUAAUCUUUUUUGGCACAAUAUUUGAGUUAAAAAGAUAAUUUGCUGACAAAUUUCAUGAAAACAUGUGACUACAUCAAGCAUGAGUGUUUCCAUUCAUGUGGCUGUAAUACAAUUAAAUUGUUUAAAUUAAAA